GCUUCAUCAAUAGACAGAUCCACUUGAGAUUUAGUCAGUCAGGUUUUUCUGUCUAGCACUUCCAUCGUCCACAUUUGUAAAAUGGACUUCCAACUACCAGAAACAGGAUGGACACCAAAUCUCGUGUUAUUUGGCUUUGUCAUAUGUUUCGGUUCGGCUGUUCCAUUAGGAAUGCAAGUUAGUGUAAUAAAUGCACCAGCUGAGCAAAUCCAACAGUGGUGUCGAAAGGUACUGACAGCUCGUUUUGGUGCAACCCUUUCAACUGAAGAGAUGGAAAUACUGUGGGCAUCUGUCGUUACUUCAACAUUGUUGAUGGGCAUGGUUGGUUGUUUUUGCGGAGGAAUUUUGUCUUCAAAACUCGGAAGAAAAAAAUCGUUUUUAAUCUCCAGCACACUGCUACUCUUCGCAGCACCAUGUUUUUUAUUCUGCAGAAUGGCAUGGUCAAUUGAACUUCUGUACUUGGGCAGACUUUCCGUCGGGUUGGCCCUAGGGCUUUCAUUAUCGGUGAUACCCAUGUAUCUGGCUGAAGUAUCGCCCCUGAAGCUUCGUGGAGCCAUGGGAGUGUUGCUUCCCUUAGGAAUAACCGCAGGUGUAGUGCUCGGACAGGUAGUUACUCUUGACCAAUUGCUAGGUGACAAAGAUCUGUGGCACUUCGGAUUGGGCAUUGGUGGAUUGCUUAAUUUUAUCUGUUUCGUUGCUUAUUGGUGGAUGCCCGAGAGUCCAGAAUAUUUGUGUAGUUUCAAAAACAACCCAGAGGAAGCCUUGAAAGUUAUAAGAAAAUUGCUUGGGCAAAACAGUGUUGAUGGUGCCUUGGAAAAGCAAAUACGAACAGGAUUCGGCAUUGCCCAGAAGUCUAAGGGACUAUCAGUUCGAGAUAUAUUGACUGAUGGCAAAUACAGAUUGCCAUUAGCUUUACUGUUCCUCAUGAAUGCUGGCUGUGGACUCUCCGGAAUUAAUGUUAUAUUCUCAUAUUCUGUCUCAACACUGCAGCGAAUUGGAAUCAAUUCAAAUGAUGCAAAGCUUUUCAGUGUUGGUUUUGGGUGCAUUAACCUAGCGGCAUCAAGUUGUGGUCUGUUUUUGAUGGAUCGUUUCAACCGAAGACCAAUGAUGCUGAUUUCCUGUAUCGCUUGUGGAGUUACUCUGUUAUUGAAUACAACAGUAAUUUAUUUCAUUAAUGAAGUCAGUUGGUUACCCAUGGUAUCCGUAGGGGCAAUCGUGCUGUUUCUGCUGUCAUACCAGACUGGAGUCGGCCAAAUACCAUUCUUCAUCGGAGCUGAAAUGUUCGAAAUAGAAGCACGGUCAUCGGCACUCGCUUUGGGGACUUUUGGUAAUUGGCUUGCUAAUCUUAUUAUAGUAAUGCUGUUUCCUAUUGUACAACAUCUAUGGGGAGCAUUUGCAUUUCUACCAUCUUCCAUCGUUUGUUUCGCAUUGGCCAUUUUUGUUUAUUUCUAUCUUCCGGAAACUCGUGGCAGGAUUGUGAGUGAUACAGCACUACUAAUAUCGAAGGGCUUCAAAUCUCAUAUUCGUUAGUGGAAAACAUUUAUUAGGCCCUAAUGAUGCGUUUAUAAACUUGUAAACAAUAAACAAAUAACAGUUAUCACAGUUUUUCUCGGUUUCUGAAGUAUUUCUUUCUGAUUGCUUUGAGUU